AUGGCUAACCUGUUGCGCUUGCUCUUCUGCGUUGUUGUGGCCUAUGGUGCAGUGGUUGAAGAGGAGAUGAAUGCUUUGCUGGAAGACAGCUGCGAAGGGGAAUGCACCCUGUCCCUGCUUCAGACGUAUGAUGUUUUUCACUGGGGAUUGCAAGCCUUCCAGUUGUCCUUCCUGUUGUCCUUCCUGUUGUCCUUCCUGUUGUCCUUCCUGUUGUUCGAUCCAAAAACGCUCAUGCCUGAAAUGGGUCAACUGCAAAAACAGCCCAGAGAAAUGGCUAACCUGUUGCGCUUGCUCUUCUGCGUUGUUGUGGCCUAUGGUGCAGUGGUUGAAGAGGAGAUGAAUGCUUUGCUGGAAGACAGCUGCGAAGGGGAAUGCACCCUGUCCCUGCUUCAGAUCAAAGCUGCUGGCCUUGAGGAGGACCCCCCCUGCAACGAUUGGGUCUCGUAUGAUGUUUUUCACUGGGGAUUGCAAGCCUUCCAGUUGUCCUUCCUGUUGUCCUUCCUGUUGUCCUUCCUGUUGUCCUUCCUGUUGUCCUUCCUGUUGUUCGAUCCAAAAACGCUCAUGCCUGAAAUGGGUCAACUGCAAAAACAGUUGCUAUUGUGCUCAAUGGGCGUAGGCGAUGUCAUCAGCGGAGGCCGCCAUUAUUCUGUUUAUUCCUGUUUUGAGCGCUUGGACUGGAUCACUGGAUGCCAGGGGCUCCCAAAGUUCACAGGCUCCAAGGAGUCAAACUUCCUUUGGCUCGCGGCAGCAAAGUCCUGCACCACGGAGAACCUCAUUGAGGCCGCGUCCAGCCAUUUGAGCACCGCGGGGUCUUUGAUUCUUCGCGAGCUCAGCAGUACCGCGAGUAUGGGUGAGAGCGAUCAGGCAAGCUGCAUCAUGGCAAAAGUCUACAGAGUACCUCAUCACGUUCUCAAGAGGGGAUUUGCGAGGUUGGAGAUGCGUUUCUCUCCCGACUCCCACGGCGAGCUUCGUGCUUCACUGAUCCUGACGACUCUGCGAAUCUUUGACGAAUACUUUCGCACUGGUCGCACCAGAGCUGAAAGGCAUUGGAUUGUUGAUAGACUGGAGACUUCCAUGCAUGACUUCACCAAAAAGAAGUGGAACGCUGACGAACUCUUGAAUGCGUUUGGCGUCAAGAUGAAUAUGUGCGAACGGAUCUACUUCACUGUGGAUGUCAGUGGCACCUCAAAUCUUCUUUCACGCUUUGUGAGUGGCUUUAUGGUGAUCACCAUCAUCAUUAGCAUUGCUGUUUGGAUGGCUGGCACUAUCCCAAGAUAUACAGUGGUGCAAUGUCCCAGCUGUGACCCUGAACCAUUGCCAUGGAUGCAGGUCGUGGACGAAGUGUGUGUCAUCAUUUUCACAACGGAAUUCCUGAUCAGGAUGCUCACAGCGCUCUUUGCACGGGCCAAGCUCCUGCAAGGCCGUUUUCUCUUGAAAAUGCUCUUUGAUCGGGACAUCAAGGCUGAAGAAAAGGAACACUUGGAUUCAGAGCACGAUGAGGAGGAAAGCGAGGAUGUAGAGAUUGAGAAGGAACGCUUCUCUUGGAUCUCAAAUUGGUUGAGUUUCUGGCGGCAACCCAACGCCAUUGUGGACUUAUUCACUGUAUUGCCGUACUGGGUGGAGGUCGUGUUUGCUACCUCGGCUGACCCCAACUUUAUUUGGCUCCGCCUCUUCAGAUUGCUUCGCGUCAGUCGUAUCUUCAAACUGUUGCAGCUCGUAAACUCUGACUUGUGGCAACUUAGCGAUGCUCAGCACCUGUUGUACAACGUCAUGAUCCAGGCUGCUCCUGCCUUUGCCAUCACAUUGGCUUUGCUCGGCUUUGCACUUUUGGUGUUCAGUUCCUUGAUGUACGAGGCUGAGCGUGGCAAUUGGUACCCAGUGUCCGUCAUUGAUGGGGCCAAUGCCACGGAGUUUGUCAACUUCUCGCAGAUCAUCAACCUCCCCGCAGUUCAACAUGAAGCAAACCGCGCUGGAGGUGUUUUCCUGCGGGAGUUGCCAAACGGCUACUUGGAGAUGACUCCGUUCACGAGCAUCCUGGUUUGCUCGUGGUGGACUCUGGCCACGAUCACGACUGUGGGCUAUGGAGAUCACAUACCUGUGAGCAUCCCAGGGCAGAUUGUUGGUGCAGUCGCUAUCCUCUAUGGCACCAUUCUGCUCGGGCUGCCGAUCGGUAUCAUUGGCUCUCAGUUCUCCAAUGAGUUUGGCCGUAUGAUAGCAUCGGGACGUUCGCGUGAACAUGGCAGCCGGGAACGACGUACUUCAGUGGGGAAUCGGAAUCUGCCGCCGAAAGGUCCAGAGCAUGAUGCGGCAAGUAGUGGUAGUGCUGGGACGAAGUCACCACGGAAGUCCUUCGUUGGGCAACAGGUGGUCAGCACCAUCAAGAAGGCCAUGCAACGCGAAUCCAGGAAGAAUUGGGAGGCAGAACAAGUGCAAGCGGACAAUGUCAAGAAGCUUCAGCAGCUUCCGCUCAAUGCAAAGCAGAAGGAGCAGCUCAUUUUCUCCAAGUAUUCCUUCGAAGACCUGCUGAAGAUGCACGGUGAGAACAUUGGAAUCACAGUGGAGACUCAGCAGUUCUGGAUGGAGGCUCUUUGGGCAUGUCAAUUCCAAGCUGGCCCUGCGUUGGAUCGGCUCUCGGCUAGUGUCUUGACCUUCCUGUCGGAUGCUGAAAAGCGCAGGGGACCUGGCCAUGUUCAGCCACUGCGUUUGGCAUGGCUAGACCUGUGUUUGGCCUGUUGUUCGGUGUCCGAGAAGCUCUCCAGACCGAGCUUCAAGGUUUAUGCCUCUGAGGACAGCGUGGCUGAUGGGCUCCCGGAGGGAAGCGACUCUGAAAAUGUGGACCGACAGAAAAGGCGGGCUUCACAACUGAGCUCGAGAACACAACUGAGCUCGAGAACGUUCCCCUCAAUGGAUUCGAUUGAUGCGCAGAGAAAGCACAUCACGGCACUCUGA